UUUUUAAUAAAGCCAUAAGAAGAGAACAUGGAUGACACAGAAGAGAUACAUAUCAACAACAGCAAGAAGUCAGGACCUGGCAGCCCCAUCCUCAACUGAUCCUCUCAGCAGCCUUGCUGGAUCGAACUUCUACUGGAUUUCUCUUCCCAAUCAUUUAUCUCUGUGCAAGACUGAACUUCAUUAAUCUUGGUUGGGUUGCUGUAGAUCCAAAGUUGUGACGUGUGCUAGGAGAAAUCCAGGAUGUCUUUACCAUUCUACCAGAGGCACCAUCAACAUUUCGACCGUGCCUAUCGUCACAAAGAGCUGGAAUCCACCUUGAGUCAGUACCACAAAGAAGAAAAGCGCAAAUCUGCAAUCUAUACACAUGGAUCAGCUGCCUAUAGCCAGGAGGCUGCCUACCGCCAUGGGUCAGCAUCUUACGACCAGCAGUCUAUAGCAUCAAGCCAGAAAUCAGCUGAAGCCUACGCUCAUGAUUCAGUAGCCCACAGUAAAACAUCUGCAGCUUAUAGUUUGGAAUCUGACUUGCUCAGUAAGAAGGCUGAGGCUUACCGACUUGGAUCUGAGUUAAUCAGUAAGAAAGCUGAUGCCUACCGACUUGGAUACGAAACAUACACUCCAAGAAAAAUGAUAGAAGGCCAUUCGCUAAAGCUGAGUCCCAAAGCAAAGAGAGCUAAGCAAAGUUUGCUGUCUGAGGACAAAGAAAACACAGCUGUGGACUAUAUAGUACCUAUCUUCUCAGGAAGACAAACCUAUGUUAGUGGGAUCACAGACACUGAAGAAGAAAGGAUUAAGGAAAGUGCUGCAUAUGUUGCUAGAAGGAAUCUUUUGGCCACUGGAGAAGGAAUCACUUCAAUCCACAAGGAAAAGUCAUCUUCUUUAGAAGAAGAAACGUAUGAGAAGAAGUCAAGAAAAGUAGCAAUCCGAGAGACAGCUGAGCGAAUGUCUCUAAAGAAAACGUUAAGAGAAACAGAGGAUUUCCAUAGAAAAUUGAAUGAAGACAGUCUGCUACAUGCUCCUGAUUUUAUUAUCAAGCCUCGUUCACACACUAUUUGGGAAAAGCAGAAUGUCAAAUUUCACUGCACCGUGACUGGCUGGCCAGAACCUCGUCUUACAUGGUACAAAAAUAAUGUUCCCAUCAAUGUCCAUGUUAAUCCUGGAAAGUAUGUAAUUGAAGGUCGUUAUGGGAUGCACUCUUUGGAAAUUAACAAAUGUGAUUUUGAAGAUACUGCUCAAUAUCGUGCUUCUGCUAUGAAUGUCAAAGGAGAGCUGUCGGCCUAUGCUUCUUUGGUGGUCAAGAGAUACAAGAAAGGAGAGUUUGACGAAAGCUUUUUUCAUGCCGGAGCUGUCACACUUCCUUUGAGCUUUGGUGUUACUCCACAUGGCUAUGCUUCCAGGUUUGAGAUCCACUUUGUAGAUACAUUUGAGGUUUCUUUUGGAAGAGAAGGUGAAACAGUGAGUCUGGGCUGUACUGUAAUCAUUCACCCUGAUAUUAAGCGUUUCCAGCCAGAAAUCCAGUGGUACAGAAAUGGAGUUUUGUUUACUCCAUCAAAAUGGGUCCAGACACACUGGAGUGGAGAAAGAGCUACACUGACCCUGACUCAUGCCAACAAAGAGGAUGAAGGUCUUUAUACCCUCCGUGUGGUGAUGGGAGAUUACUAUGAAGAGUACAGUGCUUAUGUUUUUGUUCGAGAUGCUGAUGCAGAUAUGCCAGGAGCCCCUGGUUCUCCACUGGAUGUGAAGUGUUUGGAUGCUAACAAGGAUUAUGUCAUCAUCUCUUGGAAACAGCCAGCUGUUGAUGGUGGAAGUCCCAUUGUGGGAUACUUCAUUGACAAAUGUGAAGUUGGCACUACUCGUUGGUCCCAGUGCAAUGAAACUCCAGUGAAGUUUGCACGCUUCCCCGUCACAGGCUUAAUAGAAGGGCGCUCCUAUGUAUUCCGGGUCCGAGCUGUGAACAACGCUGGAAUAAGCAUCCCAUCCCGUGUUUCGGAGCCUGUGGCGGCACUAGAUCCUGCUGAUAGGGCUAGGCUUAGAAGUCACCCUUCUGCCCCAUGGACUGGACAGAUCAUAGUAACUGAGGAGGAACCUACGGAGGGUAUUGUUCCUGGACCACCUUUGGGCCUCCAUGUUACAGAAGCCACAAAGAACUAUAUUGUGCUUAGCUGGAAACCUCCAUAUGAACGGGGUCAUGAGGGUGUCAUGUACUAUGUUGAGAAGUGUGUUGCAGGAACUGAAAACUGGCAAAGAGUGAAUACUGAGAUCCCUGUAAAGUCCCCUCGCUUUGCACUUUUUGACUUAGCUGAAGGGAAGUCCUAUCAGUUUCGUGUCCGCUGUUGUAAUUCAGCAGGAAUUGGUGAACCUUCAGAGGCAACUGAAGCCACUGUGGUUGGUGACAAACUUGAUAUCCCUAGUGCUCCUAGCCAUGUUGUACCCACUAGAAAUACAGACACCUCAGUAGUUCUUACUUGGACAGAAUCCAAAGAUGCAAAAGAAUUGGUUGGGUACUACAUAGAAGCAAGCAAAGUUGGAUCCGGUCAGUGGGAACCAUGUAACAACAAUCCAGUUAAAGGCACAAGAUUCACUUGUCAUGGACUUUCUACGGGAGACCAUUACAUUUUCCGGGUUAGAGCUGUCAAUGCUGCUGGACUCAGUGGGUAUUCCCAAGAGUCAGAAGCAAUUGAAGUCAAGGCAGCUAUUGGGGGAGGAUUGCUUCAUGGUGUAUGUCCUGGACUAAGUGGUAAAGCUGAUGGACUAACAGACCACACUCUCAACUGGGAAGGCAUGCAUGAGUCCUCCCAGCCUAUCUUUGACACAGAUGUUUUGUUAAAACGCAGUGCUAAACCUAACAGGCAAACAGUGCCCCAUAGCAAUGCUAAGCAGAGGAGUCCACCAGACAAUGCAAUGAGUGAAACAGUUCCUACCUCUUCAUCAAAAAAGCCAACAACCAAGCAGGCAAGUAAACCUCAUCCUGGGACUCGUUCAGCACUGGAAAGAACAAAGAAGAAAAGUGAUAUAGCUGCUCCAUCUCCACCAUAUGAUAUCACGGUACUUGAAAGCGUUCGUGAUGCCAUGGUUCUAGGAUGGAAACAACCAAAAAUUGUUGGUGGAGCUGAAAUAACUGGCUAUUAUGUGAAUUACCGGGAAGUGAUUGGUGGAGAACCUGAGGAAUGGAAAGAAGCUAACAUAAAACCUGUUAGUGAGAGAGCAUACAGGGUACAUGACUUGAAGGAAAAUACGAUUUACCAAUUUCAAGUGGCUGCUGCUAAUCUAGCUGGACUUGGCACCCCUUCUCCACCUAGCAAGUCCUUCAAAUGUGAAGAAUGGACCAUUGCUGUUCCAGGACCACCCCAUGAUUUAUCAUGCAUCGAAGUUAGGAAAGAAUCAUUGGUUAUAUUAUGGAAACCACCAAUUUAUAUUGGCCGAAGUCCUGUAACUGGUUUUUAUGUUGACAUGAAGGAAACAAAUGCAUCAGCUGAACACUGGAAGAGUGUAAAUGCGAAAGCCACUGCAAACAAAUAUUUGAAGAUUUGUGGCCUAAAAGAAGGCACCAGUUAUGUUUUCCGUGUAAGAGCAGCAAACAAAGCUGGAGUUGGGAAGCCUUCAGAUCCCACUGACCCUGUGAUAGCUGAAACCCGACCAGGGACAAAAGAAGUUGUGGUUGAAGUGGAUGACAAUGGAGUUAUUUCACUGAACUUUGAAUGUGAUCAGAUGACUGCAGACUCUAAAUUUGUUUGGUCCAAAAAUUAUGAACCCAUUGAGGAUGACUCCCGGUUAGCCAUUGACACCAAAGGCGGAAAGUCAAAAGCUGUCUUUAAAGAUCUCAGUGAAGAAGAUUUGGGUGUUUACUCUUGUAUUGUAACUGACACAGAUGGCAUUUCAUCAAGCUAUACAUUAGAUGAGGACGAAAUAAAACGUCUCCUUGCUCUCAGCCAUGCACACAAAUUCCCUGUCAUCCCCCUUAAAUCUGAGUUGGCAGUUGAAAUUCUGGAGAAGGGACAGGUGCGAUUCUGGAUGCAGGCCGAGAAAAUGUCUGGCAGUGCCAAAGUCAAUUUUGUAUUUAAUGACAAGGGAAUUGUUCAUGGAGAGAAAUAUAAGAUGAAGAUUGAUCACAAUUCUGGUAUGAUUGAAAUGGUUAUGGAUAGACUGGAAGACGAGGAUGAAGGCACUUACACAUUUCAACUUCAGGAUGGAAAAGCAACCAACCAAUCCAGUCUUGUUCUUAUUGGUGAUGUGUUCCAAAAAUUACAGAAAGAAGCAGAAUUCCAGAGGCAAGAGUGGUUCAGGAAACAAGGUCCACAUUUUGUGGAGUAUCUGGGAUGGGAAGUUACUCCUGAAUGCGAUGUAUUAUUGAAAUGCAAGGUGGCUAAUAUUAAGAAAGAAACACACAUUGUCUGGUAUAAAGAUGAAAGGGAGAUAAUGGUUGAUGAAAAGCAUGACUUCAAGGAUGGUGUGUGUACUCUUUUGAUAACAGAGUUUUCUAAGAAAGAUGCUGGCAUAUAUGAAGUAAUAUUGAAAGAUGAUAGAGGAAAGGACAAAAGCAUACUGAAACUUGUGGAAGGAGCUUUUGCAGAUUUGAUGAUGGAAGUAUGCAAAGUGAUUGCUUUAUCUGCAACAGAACUGAAAAUUCAAAGUACAGAAGAGGGUAUCAGAUUAUACUCCUUUGUGAACUACUACUUGGAAGAUUUAAGAGUGAGCUGGUCGCACAAUGAAGUCAAAAUUAAGUAUACAGAGAGAGUUAAGACUGGUGUUACUGGUGAGCAAAUCUGGCUGCAAAUCAAUGAGCCAACACCCAGCGAUAAGGGGAAAUACCUAAUGGAACUCUUUGAUGGUAAAACUGGACACACAAAGACUGUAGAUCUUUCUGGUCAAGCAUUUGAUGAAGCCUUUGCUGAAUUCCAGAGGUUGAAAGCACUCGCUAUUGCAGAGAAAAAUCGUGCUCGGGUGCUGGGAGGUCUGCCUGAUGUUGUUACCAUCCAGGAAGGCAAGGCACUUAAUCUGACUUGCCUUGUCUGGGGAAAUCCAGUGCCAGAGGUUUCAUGGCUGAAGAACGAAAAGCACCUAACUGGAGAUGACCAUAUCAUCCUGAAAUUUGAAUCAGGAAAAGUAGCCUGUUUCACCAUCACUUGUGUCAAUACGGUGGAUUCAGGAAGAUACAGCCUGGUAGUGAAAAAUCAGUAUGGUACAGAGACAAGUGAUUUCACUGUCAGCGUGUUCAUACCUGAGGAAGGGUUUGAGAUCCCUCAGCCAGAAGUUAGUAAAGGAGAUAAGAAAAAGAAAGCAUGAAGCUGAACCUAAGGAGGACAAACUUUGGUGAGAGCUAGAAUUCUAAGUGCUUUAAUCAUGUUUGUGUAAACUGUUUAGCCUGUACAUUGGAGAUAGAUUGGGAUCUUUAUACUCACCCAUUCGAAGCAUGAUGACUUAUUUAUACCAGGCAAAUGAAGUCAUCAUCCUGCACUUCGUGAUACAGAUUGUAAUCAGCUUUCCAUCUUAAAUGGAACACAAUUGCUUAGUGGGUGCAUAUGGCAAUAAGGGAAUGGAUAGUUUGUUCUGGAAUUCAUAAGUCAAAGCAUAUGUAAUUAGUGAGGGGAGUGAAAAGAUAGUAAUAACUGGAUAUGUAAUAACUGGAUAGAUCACAACUGGUUUACUGGAGAUUCUUUUCUCACCAAGAGUUUAGAUUUGCUCGUAUUAGUAAUCUAAUAUCACUUGAGUGUACUGUAGGGUAAUGCUGUUAAAAUGAACAAAUGUAUGUGUUGUGAUGGAAUUAAUAGGCACUAAUGUCAUUGAACCCUCCUCAGUGUUCCCAAGUGAAUAAAUGAAACACUUUUAUUUCA